AGGACCAUGGGAGUUUGCUGCUUGCAGAGGCUCUGCUGGAGGAAUGUUUGAAAGAAAAUUUUGCCAAACUGAAGGACUCCAUUCCACUGUCAGAGAAGAGUGAGCCCAAACUGGGUGAAGCUAAGCAGUAUCUGACCAAUAUCUUAAGCAGAGGGAAACUAAGACCGAAGUACAUGACAGAAGCUAUGCUGAUCCUUGGAAAGCUGCAUUAUGUGGAGGGAUGCUACAGAGAUGCCAUCAGCAUGUAUGCAAAAGCAGGAAUUGAUGACCUUUCAACCAAAGAGGAGCCUCUGUACAUGCUGCGUUUGAUAACUGAAGCCUUUGUUAUUAAAGGUUUGUCACUGGAACGCUCAACCAACUCAAUUGCCUCACGUGCUCGACUGUGUGAAAGGGAGGAGGAAGUCAUGGCUUGUUUUGAGAGAGCCUGUGUUAUUGCCCAGGUAUACUUGCAGGAGCUUGAGAAGACCUUAAACAACACACAUUCAAGGAGUAUCAAGGGCAGCAAUGUGACUUACUCUGAGUUUGAACUUUCCUACUUUCUGGAAGCAGCUCUACAGAGUGCCUACGUGACUCAGUUAAAAAAAGGAAAUAUUGUGAAAGGAAUGAGGAGUCUGCGAGAAAUACUACGGACUGUAGAAACAAAAGCUACUCAGACCUUCAAAAUGACUGCAGCCAAACAGUUAGCCCAAGUACUUCUGCAUUCCCUCAGUGAGGACUGUUACUGGAGCCCUUUAUCUGAUCCACUUCCUGAGUUCAUGAACAAGGAAUAUCAGUCUUAUGUUAGCAAUCUUCUUUGUCGGAGGCCUGAACUGUACUCAGAAGAGAAUGUGUACUGCCCUCAAGACAAUGUAGAAGAGGCUCUUCUCCUCCUCCUAAUCAGUGAAUCCAUGGCGAACCGGGACGCAGUGAUCAGCCGCGCCCCAGAGCAGCAGGAUGACCGAGCCGUCAGCCUCCGGGACGCCUCUGCAGUCUACGACCUCCUCAGCAUCACGCUGGGCAGAAGAGGGCAGUAUGUGAUGCUGUCUGAGUGCUUGGAGAGAGCCAUGAAGUUUGCAUUUGAUGAAUUUCACCUCUGGUACCAGCUUGCCCUGUCCAUGGUAGCUUGCGGAAAGUCGGCAUAUGCCGUGUCAGUGCUCAGAGAGUGUGCUAAACUGCGACCUACAGAUCCCACCGUGCCUCUGCUGGCUGCCAAGGUCUGCAUUGGGUCACUGCACUGGCUGGAAGAAGCAGAACACUUUGCUAAAAUGGUGAUAGACCUGGGUGAUGAUGCUGGAGAGUCCCUGGCAAAGGGUUACCUGGCACUGGGCCUGACAUACAGCCUUCAAGCUACUGAUGCUACUCUAAAGAGCACUCAGGAUGAAUUAAACAAGAAAGCACUUCAGUCUUUGGAGAGAGCACAUGACCUGGCCCCCGAAGAUCACCAGAUCAUCCUCUACCUGUCACUGCAGCUGGCUCUUGUCAGACAGAUUUCAGAUGCUAUAGACCAUCUUCAAGAAGCCCUGCAAUUGUGCAAAGAUGACAUGAAUUCACUUCAUCUACUGGCCCUCCUCUUUUCAGCUCAGAAGCACUAUCAGCAUGCACUGGAUGUUAUCAACAUGGCUGUUGUUGAAUACCCAGAAAGCUUUAGCUUACUCUUCACCAAAGUAAAACUGGAAUGGAUACAUAAAGGACCUGAAGAGGCUCUGGUGACAUGCAGACAUAUGUUGCAGAUGUGGCAGAUGGUAUACAGUGUUUUACAGCACAGUGGCUCUGAGAAAGGAAGUAGUGUGACUGAAACACCAGUAAUCAAAAAGCAUAAUGGACUGCAUCUCACUCUGCCAGAUGCUCAUGACACUGACUCUGGUUCACAACGAGCCUCUUCCCUUGCUGCAUCAAGACUGGAACAGGCCAUGUCUGAAAUAACUAUGCAGAGCAGCACAAUGAAGCAGGGACCUGUGAAGCUCUGGACAACUCUUGAACAAAUUUGGCUACAAGCUGCUGAACUCUUCCUGGAACAGCAGCAUCUCAAAGAAGCAGGCUUUUGUACCCAGGAGGCAGCCAGUCUUUUCCCCACAUCUCAUGCUGUACUGUACAUGCGUGGGAGGCUUGCAGAGAUGAAAGGCAAUUUGGAGGAGGCUAAGCAAUUGUAUGAUGAAGCACUCACCGUGAAUCCAGCUGGAGUGGAAAUUAUGCACAGCCUGGGCCUGGUGCUGAGCAGACUUGGGCGGAGGGAGCUGGCCCAGAAGGUCCUCAGAGACGCCAUCCGGAUCCAGACCACCAGCCACACUGCCUGGAACAGCCUUGGAGAGGUCUUGCAGGCUCAGGGCAGAAACGAAGCAGCCAUUGAGUGUUUCCUCACUGCCCUGGACCUUGAAUCCAGCAGUCCUGUCAUUCCAUUCACCGUCAUACCCAGGGAGCUCUGAAGCUGCUCCCCGCAGCUCUAAGCACUUGCAUUGCCUGGACAGACACCAAAACCAAGCAGAUAAACAAAGAAGAAGCCCAACAAAAAGUGCCAUUGUAACCUGGAACUAGGCUAAGUAAUUCCAGGACGGGGCUCAGGUCUACAGGCUUAGCUUAGACAAGCCAAACUGAAGAAGAAAUUGCAACAGGCAGGAACAGAGAAUGCCUUUUUCUUCACAUGUGCCUGGCUAACCUCCUUUUCAAGUUAAUAGCAAGGCUUAGUUCAAAGUGCUGGUUCAAGGUGACUGUAGAAAAAUCAUGCUAGGGUACAGCUAUUCAAAGCACUUGCACCUUUCAGUGUUGGUUGAAAAUAAAACCCCCAAGCCCUGAAUUAAAGCCCAGAAAUGCUCUAAAUAGGAGUAAAUUCAGCAACUUGAGCAAGUUGUGUUUAAGUAUGUGGCUGUCUCCCCACAGAUCUGACAGGACAAGAAUGACACUUGCAACAAAUAGACAUACAAUAUAUGCUGUUUACAAAAUUAUUUCAUCUAUUUUGAUAAUCCUUUCUCCUGCCUUGCUUUUAUAUACUGUAUAUGCUCACUAUAUUUAGUGAAGCACUUGCCUAGAUAAAUUUAAAAUUAAAUUUUAGUUUUAAAUUAAAAAUACUUUUUUAAAAAUAAAGCUGCUAUUGCAGUAUAACUCACAAAAGCAGUAAGACCAAAGACCAAAUCAGUUCACACUUGAACUAGUAUUAAAAACACAUAAAUAUCUCCACUUACAUAUUUAUUGAAAGGCCUUACGUGAAGUAACUAAUUAUAAGCUCUGAGCUUCAUUCUUAUUAAUCACCUAUUGCAUCAGUUUAGCAAGGAAUAUAGUGUUUACCAGUAUAUAGUAACUGAACUCUGUGCUCUACUACAUCACCAAUCCUGGCACAAAACAUUUUCAUAUCCUUCUUCUGAUGAUGCAAAAGAAGGCAGCAGUCUUUUAAGGGGAAGUGUGCUGAAGGCAGUAUGUGUGUGUAUGAACUGCUUCUUCCUUAAAACUAAAUCCUUGGAUUGUCCAUAGAAGUUUCACAGUAGAGGUAUGGAGUGGAGCCUUCAGUGGAAUCAUUUUGCAUCUCCUGUCAGGUGUAAUAGUGAGGAGCUUCUGAUGCACACAGCCUCCCCAUGGCUGGGACAGCCAGGGAGGAGACACAGCUGGCACAGCCCCUGCUGAGCUGCUGCUCAGCUCUGUGUGACCUCCCCAGGGCCUGGCAGGGAGGUGGAGCUGGACUGUGCUGUCACACAAGAGCCAACCCUGACCAGACCAGUCCCAAGAUAAAGAAGAUGCAACAAUUUGCUGCACUUUUCUACAAAAAAUAAAAAAAGGUUGGGGCUUUGCGCCCAUUUUUGUCCAAAGAUUUGUGACUAUUUACUAAGAAAGUUUGCACUAAAGCACACUUUGUACUAUAAUUCUGCCCAGUAUUGUGAUCCACAACUAAUUCACUCUGGAAAUAAUAAUAUCCUCAGGCAAUAAAUAAGAUGGCAUGUUUCUUACAGAGCCUGAGGCUCUGGCAGCAGACUUGAA